GCUGCUCCACCUGUAUGCGCACCGCCACCUGAACCGCUUCAGCGUUUCCUUCAGGGAUUUCCCGCGUGGAGUGAUGAACUCCAUCGACCCUCAGUCCCAUCACCAGCACCCGCACCCGCACCACACCUCCCCGACGGUCGGCUCUCUCCCACCCAAAGGCGCACAGGACGCCCCGGACAUGGCCGCAGUUUACUGCGACAACUUCAGCAGCAUGUACCACCAGCAGAGCCUCCAGGGCGCACAGAGACCCGCGGGCUACGGCCUCGGCGAGUACGCGUCCUCUCCGAACCCGUACCUGCAGUGGCUCAACGGGCCAACGGGCGUCAACUCCUCCGCGUCUUACCUGCACGGGAACAACCCGGCGUCCUUCAUCCCGCCCUCCUACGGCUCCCAGCGGCAGUUCAUCACCAACUCCCCCGGGUUCGGUGGCCCGGACCUGGGCUGGCUGUCCAUCGCGAGUCAGGAGGAGCUGCUGAAGCUGGUGCGCCCUCCGUACUCGUACUCGGCGCUCAUCGCCAUGGCCAUCCAGAACGCGCACGACAAGAAGCUGACGCUGAGUCAGAUUUACCAGUACGUGGCUGAUAAUUUCCCCUUUUAUAAGAAGAGCAAAGCCGGCUGGCAGAACUCCAUCCGCCACAAUCUGUCCCUGAACGACUGCUUCAAGAAAGUCCCCCGGGACGAGGACGAUCCAGGAAAGGGAAACUACUGGACGUUGGACCCAAACUGCGAGAAGAUGUUCGACAACGGGAAUUUCCGCAGGAAAAGGAAAAGACGCUCAGAUCAGAGCAGCGUUGCAGGAGGAGGAGGGGCCGUGGCGUCAUCGUCAGGCCCCGCCAAAGUUGACCUGAAGUCCUCGGAGAGUCCUCAGCUCCUCGGGCCGUCCUCGCCGGACAUGGAGACGGCAAUGAACGAGAACCACAAGGGCUCCCCGCCGCUGUCGUCGUCGCCGCCGGCACUGGCAUCCUCGACGCCUUGCUUCAACAACUUUUACAGCAGCAUGUCGUCACUGAGCUCGGGGGGCCCCAGCCGGCAGGGGGGCCCCCUGGGGCUGGUGAACGAGCUGUCGAACAGGAACAUUACGGCCCUGAGCUCGUACCACCCCAACCACGGCGGCCAGGACGUGGCGGCGGCGUCCGAGCACAACGAGGGCUUGCAUUUCAACCGCGGAGUUUACUACAACACGUUCGGCGGCGGGCAGAGUGGACAGUUCAACGGCCACUUCUACAACAGCUUCAGUGUCAACAGCCUGAUUUAUCCCAGGGAAGGCACUGAGCUAUAGGAGCCACUUUAUCGCCAUGGCAACCGGUUUCCUCCUGUACCCUGUGAACCUUCCCGAACCUCAGCACUGUACCUGCAUUUCAGCAGAGAGGUCGAGGCGAGCGAGGUAGUGGCUCCACUGAUGCUUUCACAGGGGAAAAAAAGUAUUUUUUUAAUCGCUUGUUUUAAAGCUGCAGUGCGUAACUUUUUGUUGUUGUUUGGUAUCGAGCCAAUACUUAGCGUCAGUAAUGGUCAGACACUGGUCAAAAAUCCUGGGAUUUGAUUUCACUUAAAUGAAAUGUGUUAUGUUAUAGGAGCAGAAUAUUUGAAGCGUUCUGGUUUUGAAAUGCCAGAUUACUGUCGUUGUCCUUCUUCUUCGUCUAAUAAUUCCCAGCAGCCUCUACAACACUUUAUAUUCUCACGUAUACAGUUGAUAAGUUGCAUAAAGAGAUGCUAAAACUGCCGACGUGGCAACACGCUGAUCCUUCUCUGAAUCGGAAAUUCGAUUUUAAGGAAAAACAACUAAAAAAUAAAGCACAUUUAACAGAUUAGGUCAUUUAAUAGAUUCAAAACUAUAUCGGUAGACACUCAAAAGUUGCGAUAUCAGCAUCUGUAUUGGCAAGCAAAAGUGGUAUUGACUAGCCUUGACUAGUCUUAUUUGUUUGCUAACUAAGGGAGCGUUUGUGUGUAUACAGCUGCAGGACACGGGUGGACAGGGACAAGAAGCGCUGAUCCCGACCCAAAUAAAUGUUGAGCAGUAGAAUUCACUGUGGACGUUUCUUUGUGUUGUGACAUAAAAAGUGCAGUGUCACCGGGCGACAUGAGAUCUAAAUACGGGGAGGUUGCAAGAAAAUAGCAAUACAGUAAAAUAUUGCGAUAUUUUAAUAGCGUAAUUGUGCACUGACGCUUUAAAGUGAUGUGUCGAUACAUUGGACAAUAGUUUUGUGUUGUAGCUAAGCUUCCGACCACUAGUUGGCAGCAGACCUUCACUCACUCGGUCACAAUUGGUUUUAUGCACAAUUUUAUGUAGCGUUAUAAGUUUUUUCUUAAAAUUUUUGGCGGGGGCUAAAAAAAAUUUUUUAUAUUCCAAUACAUUGCAAUUUAUCGCACCAUUACCAAUUUAUCGCUAAAGAUGCUAAAAAUCACAACACUAAAAUGCUUCAUCUGACAAUGGUUUAAAUGUGACAUUUGUUUACGUGUUAAAGUUACGCACUACAGCUUUAACUUUGCCGAGCACUGAAACUGUGGAAACAGCAGCCAAAAUGUCAAAAAAAUGAAUAAGCACUUAUCUUUUUUUCAGUUUCCUGUAUCUAUUCUUAUGUAAAAGCUCACUUUUUUUUCCCCCCUUUUUAUACUUAAAAGAAAUAUUUCUCUUCUAUUUAACGUGUUGUUGUUGUUGUUUAGUCGUAUCAACAGAGAGCCUUAUUUUUCAUAACCACUCUGUCACGUUUGAGAUGUAA